GGUGUCCUGGUCAUGAACACACCCACUGGGAACAGCCUCAGCGCCGCUGAGCUCACCUGUGGGAUGAUCCUGUGCUUGGCCAGGCAGAUCCCUCAGGCAGCUGCCUCCAUGAAAGAGGGCAAGUGGGACCGCAAGAAGUAUAUGGGCAUGGAGCUGAAUGGGAAGACACUGGCCGUGCUGGGGCUGGGGCGCAUUGGCAGGGAGGUGGCCACCCGCAUGCAGGCUUUUGGCAUGAAGACCAUAGGCUACGACCCCAUCAUUGCCCCCGAAGUCUCGGCUGCCUUCGGCGUGGAGCAGCUGCCGCUGGAGCAGAUCUGGCCCCGCUGCGACUUCAUCACGGUGCACACACCGCUGCUGCCCUCCCUGCGGGCACUGCAGUCGGGGCAGUGCGGCGGAGCUGCCCUCGAUGUCUUCACGCAGGAGCCCCCAAAGGAUCGUGACCUGGUCAACCACCCCAAUGUCAUCUGCUGCCCACACCUGGGUGCCAGCACGCGGGAGGCGCAGAGCCGCUGCGGCAAGGAGAUCGCCAUGCAGAUCGUGGACAUGGCCACUGGGAAGGGGCUGGCUGGGCAGGUCAACGGGCAGGCGCUCAGCAAGGCUUUUGCACCCCAGACCAAGCCCUGGAUAGUCCUGGCCAGGGCCCUGGGCACAGUGCUGCGCAUGGUGGGCAAGCAAGUGCAGGGCAGUGUGCAGGUCUGCACCCUAGGAUCCCCACUGCAAGAGGCUGGGAGCUACCUGACUCCUGCUGUGGCUGCGGGCAUGCUGACUGGAGGGACACAGAAGGAAGUGACCCUAGUGAAUGCUCAGCUACUGGCCCAGGAAGCUGGGCUGAAGGUCACAACCACCCAUGGUGACAUGGCCCCCGAGCCCGACAGCAGUGCUGGCUUGCUGCAGGUGGCCCUGCAGGGCACCUCACACCGGGCAACGGGGACGGUGCAGGGCAGCACCCCAGUGCUGAGGGAGAUCAAUGGGGCCACCUUCAAGCAGCCAGCCCCGUUGACUGGCCCUGUCCUCAUCUACAGAGCCAAAGCCUCUGAGCCCAACACACUGCCUGUGCUUGCCGGGAUGCUGGGGAAGGUGGGGGUCCAGCUCCAGUCCUACCACAGCUCCAGCACAGUGGCAGGAGAGCAGUGGCGCGUCGUGGGGCUUUCAUCCCCCCUGUCUGACCUCAGCGAGCUGAAGUCUCGUGUCACGGAGGCCUUCCAGCUCAACCUGUAA